AUGGCUCAAUUCAUAGCAACGGGUGGUGAUGAUAACGUCAUAAACCUUUGGCACUUGGAUGAUACGAAGAUAAACAAGAUUAACACCUUCUCAGGACCUCAAAAUGCUGUCAAAAGCCUUAUUUUUGAUCCGAGAGAGCACAAAAUAGUAUCAGGUUAUCAGUCAGGAGCAAUCAAAGUAUUUGAUUUGGAAACUGGUCAAAUGAGUCCGGCACUGGAAGGACACUUAGCAACAACAAGUUCUCUGGAUUACCAUCUGUAUGGUGAUUAUGUAGCUUCUGGUUCAGUCGAUACAAUUGUCAAGGUCUGGGAUUUACGUACCAAGAACUGUAUGCAGACAUUUAACGGACAUUCAUCCGAAGUUACAGCAGUGAGAUUUACACCAGAUGGACGGUGGCUCACUUCAGGUGAUCAGGAUGGUGUUAUCAGGAUUUGGGACCUUAUGGCUGGUCGUCUUCUACGUGAAUUCCGCGACCACGGUGGUGCGAUUACCAGCCUUGAAUUCAAUCCGGAGGAGUUUAUUCUCGUUUCUUCUGCUGCUGACCGCACUAUUCGAUUUUGGGACGUCCAAACACUCACUGUGAUAGGCGUUACUCCGGUGGACAAUGCCACGACUACAUCAAUGUGCCAUACAGUUGCAGAACCGUACAGUGGUAAGUACCUGUUUUGCUGUUCACAGGACGCGAUACGAGUGUGGUCGUAUGAAACUGCGAUUGAGUGCCACGAUAGUAUGCCGAUGCCCCGCCAGAAAGGACUGGUUCACGCUGACGCAACAAUGACGCAGGAUAUGAAGUUAAUGAGUGGGUGCAUUCAAGAUGCUUUUGUGUCGAUAUGGAUACUAGACGUGAUGCAAAUGCAGCCAUUUGAUCGUACAGUCAACGGUAAUAACGAUCAAAGAGCUGUCAAGGUCAGCAUCAGCCCCGACAGACCGUCAUCUGCAAACACAGUAGCUUCAUCCGCUCGUACGAACCAAUCCGUCAUUCGGCCCACUGCUGUAGCUAGAUCCGAGAACAUGUUGAGUGCACCGUUACCUGCUUCGUGUGUACUGGUGCAUAACGUUUUCGACGGGGAUACCCGAGCAGCAACUGCUGUAACAGGGGAUGAGAAAAGUCACGAUUACAGCCACCAAGGCAGCAGCAACCCGACUGCUUCUGGAAUCUUGGUCCCUUUGACUGAAGCAAAGUCGAUAUCAUGUCAAGUACGCCGCACAAAACACCCUAGUCGUCGAGUCAGUGCGCAGACAGGGACACCAGACGACUUAGCAUUCCAACAGCAAAAAGAGCAUUCAGAGACGUAUGAAACUGGAGUACAUUCAUUGCUCCCAUCAUCACAACAGCCUGGUGACGAUCGUGUGACGUCUGACUUUGUGAUGGAGCUACAUUGUGGUAUGGAUACAUGUGUGAAGGCUUUUACAGAUCGACAGAAGUAUGUCCAGCAGCUACUGGUUCAUUGGGAAAAAGGUCGUCUGAACGAUGGUUUUCGGUACAUCAGUGGAUUACCGAAAGGAAAACGUGAGGCUGUUGUGGUGGAUGUGCUGCGCAUCACAAACUUGCAGUCUCUAGACGUUGAUUUGGAAGCGUGUGUGCUGCUUCUUCCGCUCAUUGUAGAAAUAUUGGAGAGUAAAUUUGAACUAUAUUGGAGUGUUGGCGUCGAGUGUGGACACGAAUUAUUCAAUGCCUUUUCUCCUGCUGUGAAGGAAAGUCGAGAUGUACAGCAGGAUCGUUUCCAAACAAUGAAUCUUGCUGCUAAAGAAGAAAAAAAGAAUUCAACAAUGCAAAGCGUGUGA